UCACACGCUCACACACUCUCAGCUCUUACACACUCACACACUCUCAGCUCUCACACCCUCAGCUCUCCAUCAGACCUGUGCGAGGCCUUUUAAGGGGCAGGUGCUCAGAGUGAGAAAGGGCACACCAACGUAGAGAAACUGAUUCACCUGAUUCACCCAGGUAUUGUACAGGAUGUACUCACCUCACCCAGGUAUCGUACAGAAUAAAUGAAUGAAUUAAUAAAAAUGAAUGACCACCAGAAUAGAUAUAAUCAGUGUUCCCCACAAGAUUUUUUGAAACUGGCACGGGAGACCCCAAACCCUUUAGGAGAACAUUUGAAUCCCUUUUUUUACCAUGUCAUAGUGUAGUGUAGAGUGAUGUAACCAUGACCUAGUUUUGGUGGUGAAAUUUAACUGGUGUUAGUUUUGGUGAUGAAAGGUUCAAUGUCAGCUAGAUGGGUGUGCCACCACAGUGUAGUUAAUUAAUGGGAAAUUUCUGUGUUUUAGUUUAUACGUUUCCCCAAAGAGAUGCACAACUCUAGUCUGCACCUCCUGUGCCUAUCCUCCGCUAAGCCUUCUCUGAAGAAGGCUAUUUAUUAGAAAGUAUGAAUUAUGUUAAUUAUCUUUAAAUUAAAUAUGAUUGAUGACUGGACAGACUGUGUGUACAUGCAUGUAGGUACAUGUGUGUGUGUGUGUGACUGUGUACAUGCAUGUAUGUGCAUGUGUAUGUGUGACUAUGUACAUGCAUGUAUGUGUGCGACUGUGUGUACAUGCAUGUAUGUGCAUGUGUGUGUGUGUGACUAUGUACAUGCAUGUGUGUGUGUGACUGUGUGUACAUGCAUGUAUGUGCAUGUGUGUGUGUGACUGUGUACAUGCAUGUGUGUGUGUAUGUGUACAUCCAUGUACAUGCAUGUAUGUGCAUAUGUGUGAGAUUGUGUGUGCAUUAGGGCACUAAAAGGUGCACUUUGAGCACGGGGAAUUGUGGUACUUUGUAUCUCAGCUGAAGCCUUGGCGCUUCCGAGGGAACGGCAGUCCUCUUUGAUGCGAUUGGACAGUACCGUCCAGCGCGCUUCGCCCAUUGGUCUGUUCUUUAAACAAAGUUGUCUCAUUGCAUAGUUAGCCACACCUAUUUACUAGGAUCUUGAAACACCAGUUUUAAAAAGGACACAAAAACACAUGUGUCUGUAACACUGUAUGUGUGUCAUACUGCCUCUAAACCGCGGUCUGUACUGAGGAUUUCCCCUCCUGUUCAUGGUGUAGAGAAAAGGUGUUGCCAUGACGACAGAAGCCAGUGCCGUCGCCGAGCCCGAGAGCCAACCGAAGUCUGAGCGACCGGAGGCGGAGCCAGCCCAGGACCCGCCCCCUCCAGCCCAGGACCCGCCCCCCCCAGCGCAGGACGGCCCCCGCCCCGACCCCCCCGCGGAGCCGGAGCUGAAGCCGCGGGCGCGCGUGUCCGCUGGGCGGGGCCUCUCCCGCCUCUUCUCCAACUUCCUGAAGCGCCGCUCCCAGUGCGACGCGGAGGCGGAGCCAGCCCGGGGGGCGGAGCAGCAGGAGGAGGAGUUAGUCAGAGCCCCAAUCGCUGACCCCGAACCCGAGCUCCGGACCGAGGACCACGCCCUCGACCUGCACUCACUCAGCAGCGCAGAGACACAGCCGGCGCAGGAGGAGAGAAAGGAGGAGGCUGAGACCGAGAAGAAGGAGGAGGAGGAGGGUGGAACAGCAGGAGAGAGACAGGAGGAAGAUCAGCCCGGGGAGGAGGGUGGACAGGGGGAGGAGUCUAAGGAGGAGGAGCCGAAAGGGGCGGAGCCGAAGGCUGCAGACGAACCGAAAGCCUCCAAAGCCCCACGCCGCCCCCGCAUCAUGCGCUGCAGCGUCACCCUGCUGGACCACGCCCUGUACGAGUGUGAGCUGGAUAAACACGCCAGGGGCCAGGAUCUCUUCAACAGGGUGUGUGACCAUCUGAACCUGCUGGAGAGGGACUACUAUGGCCUGGCCAUCUGGGACACGCCCGCUCUUAAGACAUGGCUGGACUUCAGCAAGGAGAUCCGCAAGCAGGUUACAGGUUGCACCUAUAAUUUCACCUUCAAUGUGAAGUUCUACCCACCUGAUCCAGCCCAGCUCAGUGAGGACAUCUCCAGGUACUACCUGUGCCUGCAGGUGCGUGAGGACAUAGUGAGCGGGAGGCUGCCCUGCUCCUUCGCCACGCUGGCGCUCCUGGGGUCCUACGCCCUGCAAUCAGAGCUGGGCGAGUUCGACCCCCAUCUCCACGGCAACGAGUACGCCAGCCAGGUGCAGCUCGCCCCCGGCCAGACCAAGGACCUGGAGGAGAAGAUGAUGGAGCUGCACCGAACCUACAGGUCCAUGAGCCCUGCCCAGGCAGACAUGCUGUUCCUGGAGAACGCCAAGAAGCUUGCCAUGUAUGGAGUGGACCUGCACCAGGCAAAGGACCUGGAGGGGGUGGACAUCAUGCUGGGGGUGUGCUCCAGUGGCCUCAUGGUCUAUAAGGACAAGCUGAGGAUCAACCGCUUCUCCUGGCCCAAGGUCCUGAAGAUCUCCUACAAGAGGAGCAGCUUCUUCAUCAAGAUCCGCCCAUCCGAGCAGGAGCAGUACGAGAGCACUAUCGGCUUCAAGCUGCCGAAUUACCGAGCGUCUAAGAAGCUGUGGAAGGUGUGUGUGGAGCACCACACCUUCUUCAGGCUCAGCAGUGUGGAGGCCACCACGCCGCGGAAGUUUCUGGCGCUGGGCUCCAAGUUCCGCUACAGCGGCCGCACCCAGGCCCAGAGCCGGCAGGCCAGCUCCCUCAUCGACCGCCCGGCCCCCCUGUUCCAGCGCACCGCCAGCAAGAGAGGCUCGCUCCAGUCCUCCUCAGGUGCGUCUCUGUCAGCCCCAGGGACGCCUCCCAGGAAGGAAGAUGAUUGGUUCUUUCUCUUGGAGUCUUUCCAGCCUGAGCCGAGCCCUGCGGACUCAGUAACGGAGGAGGGCCGAGCUGAAGUUCAUACGGGCGUGAGCACCACUGUGCUGGAGCAGCAGGAAUGGAGAACACAGAAGAGCGUGAUGAUUGUAGAGCAGAUCUCAGAACCGCAAGAGCAACAGGCUCCCAAGGUCCGGCACAACCCACAGAGAGAGGAUUAUGAUGAUUGGUUUUCGUUACUGGACCGCUCCCCUUCUGAAGCAACCCUGCCUCCAUCAGGAUACCCCAAACUGCACACAGUAAUGGAGGAGGAGGCCAUGAUUGUGGCCAAACAAACAAUGAAGCCGCAGGAUGUGCAGUCAGUGGAGGAGAGGCUGCAGCCUCAGUGGAGAGAGGAGGUCGUCCCCCUGUCAUUGCCCCUCCCCAUACGCCAAGUAAUGGAGGAGGAUCGAGCUGAAGUUUAUACGCGCGUGAGCACCACUGUGCUGGAGCAGCAGGGAUUGGGAACACAGAAGAGCAUGAUGAUUGUAGAGCAGAUCACAGAACCGCAAGAGCAACAGGCUCCCAAGGUCCGGCACAACCCACAGAGAGACGUUGAUGAUGAUUGGUUUUCGUUACUGGACCGCUCCCCUUCUGAGGCAACCCUGCCUCCAUCAGUAACGGAGGAGGGCCGAGUUGAAGUUUAUACGGGCGUGAGCACCACUGUGCUGGAGCAGCAGGAAUGGAGAACACAGAAGAGCGUGAUGAUUGUAGAGCAGAUCUCAGAACCGCAAGAGCAACAGGCUCCCAAGGUCCGGCACAACCCACAGAGAGACGUUGAUGAUGAUUGGUUUUCGUUACUGGACCGCCCCCCUUCUGAGGUUUCCGCACCUCCAUCAGCGCGGGACCCAGAUGAUUGGUUUUCGUUACUGGACCGCAGCCCUCCUGAGGGCUCCGCACCUCCAUCAGUCACGGUGGAAAGACCUGUACCAGUAGACCCAUACACAGCUCAGGUGAAGACUCCAGGUCAGAGGUCUGAAAUGGUGACACUGCGAUUGGACGAAAGGGUGGAGAGGCUGAGCCAGGAUGAACCACAUACCCACCCGCAACCCCCUCUCAGAGCUGCAGCCCUUCAGUUGCCGAUGCAGGACGCGUUCAGUCCUGCCAUGCUGGAGAAGCAAGAAGAUGAUUGGUCCUUGCUGUUCGAAGGCCUGCAUCCAAAACAGAGCACCGUCCCUUUGCCAGCCCGGGACCCGGAUGAUUGGUACUCGCUGCUGGUCCGCAGCCCUCCAGGGCCCGCCCCUGUCUCACUCCCUGCAGCUGGGGUAAGUGCAGGGAGAGCUCGGCCUGUCAGUGCUCCGGUCAUCUCCCCUACUGACCUGGCAUCGGUUGGCCUUGGCCCCUCCCACACCACCCCACGAGCCACGCCCGCUGCCACGCCCAGCCGCCCCGCCCUUCAGGAGGACAGGAAGGUGGAGGUGAAGCUGGAGCCUGCUCCUGUGGAAGAGGUGGUGAAGACUGUGGUUCGGAGGGAGAGGAGGGUCAGUCCCACGGUCACAGCAGCCAAUGGGGAGAGGCCAGCGGAGUCGCCCCCGGCAACCGAGGAACCAGUGCGCAUGCGGAAGAAAAGAGCUAAGAAAAUUGAGGGCGAAACAAUUUAUAUCAGACAUAGCAAUUUAAUGUUGGAGGACCUGGACCGGCCCCAGGAGGAGAUCUUGCGGCACCACGCCAGCAUCAGCGAGCUGAAGCGGAACUUCAUGGCGUCGGUUCCCGAGCCGCGGCAGAGCGAGUGGGACAAGCGUCUCUCCGCCCACUCGCCCUUCCGCACCGCCAGCUUCAACGGAGCCCUGCCCCCGGCCAGCACUGCCAGUGCGUGUGCUGUGCCUGUAAGGACAGAAAUAUAUACUAAAAUACCCAUCGAGGCGCCUAGCAACACCGCUCAGGGGGGUGGAGUCAUAAGCCCCCCCUCCCAAGAAGGAGAUAAGGGGGUGGAGUCAGUGGACGAUGGGAGGGAGCAGGAGGGCAGCCUUAGCAGGGAUGACCCAUCCAAACCAAUCAGCCAAGUGGAGCCGUGGCCAAACCACGCCCCUCAGCCAGGCCCAAGCAGCACCCCUCGGCCUGAAACCCCACCCCCCGCGAUGGAGCCCCACCCCCCCGGCGCCGUGGCCGCCUCCCCCACCCUGCUCUUCCUGAGCGAUGGUCCUUACCUCAUUCGCUGUUUCCAGCCGCCUCUGGUGCAGACUCAGACCGUCACCAUCUCGGACGCCUCCACCCCCCUCCUGAGUGACAUCGCCACCAAGGACGUCCCCAUCGUCCACACGGAGACCAAGACCAUCACUUACGAGUCUGCUCAGCCUGCGGAGAGCGUGGCAGGCCGUGACCCUGGCGUCCUGCUGAGCGCCCAGACCAUCACCUCGGAAACCGUCAGCAAGACCACAACCACCCAGAUCACCAAGACGGUGAAAGGCGGACUCUCGGAGACGCGCAUUGAGAAGAGGAUAGUCAUCACUGGUGACUCAGAGCUUGAUCAUGACCAGGCCCUGGCUCAGGCCAUACAGGAGGCGAAGGCGCAGCACCCUGACAUGUCCGUCACCAGGGUGGUGGUUCACCAGGAGACAGAACUAGCCCCGCCCCUGCAGUGAGCCACACCCACCCACAGCGACAACGAUGGGGCAUCAGGAAUAUGAACCACCUCCUCCCCCACCUCCUCCAUCUCCUCUCCCCAUCCCUCCCACCACCUCCUCCAUCCCCCCCACCACC